AUGCCCCCAUUGCGUUCUAGCUAUGGUUCAACUAGAUUGUUCUACACCCUCUUUGGCGCCUUAAAUGCCUAUUUCCGUCCGGCUCGCCACGUUCUUGCAAAGCGCGAGGCUGGUUUUGACCCUCAUUCCAAGAGAGAUAUUGUUUUUGCUGUCUUGAUCCCCGUGCUUGUCUUGCUUUCCGGCCUCUUCGCUGGGCUAACUCUUGGUUACAUGAGCUUGGACCAAACUCAGCUAAACGUUCUUGCUCUCAGUGGGACUCCCGAACAACGGAAAUACGCACAGAAAAUCAUCCCUGUCCGCAAGAAUGGUCAUCUGUUGCUUGUUACCCUGCUCCUGGCCAACAUGAUCGUCAACGAAAGUUUACCUAUCUUCGCUGACAAAGUCCUCGGUGGUGGUGUCCAGGCCGUGGUCGUCAGUACGGUCCUGAUCAUUAUCUUCUCAGAGAUUGUUCCCCAGUCGCUGUUUACUCGUCACGGUCUUUAUCUCGGAGCUAAAGGCGCACCUUUGACACAGUGCCUCAUCUAUGCAUUGGGAAUUAUAUCCUGGCCCGUCGCCAAAUUACUUGAAUUCGUCCUCGGACAACAUCAUGGCAUCAUAUAUCGUCGUACCGAGCUUAAAGAACUCAUUGCCAUGCACUCGGACACAAAACAACACGGUGGAGAUCUCCAAGUUGAUACGGUCACGAUCAUCGGCGCGACACUUGACCUCCAGGAAAAGACGGUGAAGGAUGCCAUGACUCCCAUCGAGGAUGUCUUCAUGCUUGAUAUCGAGUCUCGUCUCGACUACGAGCUGCUCAAGCAGGUUGUCGCUACCGGUCAUAGUCGCAUCCCUGUUUAUGAGGAGGUAGACGCACCUGUGACCGUCCUUGUUGCCGAUGCAUCAUCCACCAAGCAAUCUGAGUUGCCGAAAAAAGUAAAGAAAAUUCUUGGCAUCCUGCUCGUCAAGCAGCUUGUGCUUCUCGACCCCAAAGACGCCGUCCCUCUGCGCACCGUUCCGCUAAACAUGGUCCCUUUCGUACCUAAUAACCAAAGCUUGCUCGGGAUUCUUGACAAAUUCCAAGAGGGUCGUUCGCAUAUUGCAAUUGUUAGCCGCUUUAGUGUGGAGAAGGCGCGUAGUGUCAAGAAAGCAGUAAAGCGGGGCCUCACUCAACGGUUGCGCGAGAAAGUUGGGAUCAGCGACAGCGACUCGGAGAGUGACUCGGAUAAUGAGAUUACCAAGAAGGGAAGCGCGGACGGGAGUACCAAGGAGGAAGCCAAGAAUACAAAGAGCAGUGCUGAGGACGUCGUGGUAAAAGAUUACGGUGCCGAUCCCGAAAAGGGCGUGACUGUCCAUCUGGAACAAAGCAUGCCUGCAGACGCGGUGCUGGGCAAGGCCGAUGCGAACGAGUUUUUGCAAGGUCUCGACCCAGCAGUAAUGCCCCUGGGCAUUAUAUCGCUCGAGGACGUGCUUGAAGAGCUCAUCGGAGAGGAGAUCUUUGACGAGUUUGAUGAGGAAGGUGCUAAUUUUCAACAUCACUCAACGACCAAGGACAAGCACCCUGCAGGACUGCUCACCAGCGGUCGCAACUUCUUCCGCUCCCGCAGCGUUCCUGUUGUUCAACGUAAUGCGAAUGACACCACGGCACCAAGUGCUCUCACUGCGGAGCCAGGCGAACCCACAACUGCCCCUCGACCAGAAGCAGCCAACAACAACGCCUCGCUUGCGCCUCCGAAUGACGUAUCUCUCGAGGCGCUACUGAGAGCUGGUGCUGGUCGCAGGGCCGCUCGCGUUCCUGCUACGCCCCGUGGGAGAUUCAAAAGUAGCCCGUUAGGAGACACGGGAGACGUCCCUGAACCUGCUGCAACUGCUGCUGCUAUUCCCAUCGAACAACGGACAGACACUUUGUUAGCAGACGCUACAUCUCUAGCUACCACUCCAAAGCCAGACUCGUAG